UUGGAACGUCCCUUCGUCACGUGACAAAUACGUUAGCUCCCCGGGCUAGUGCCUAGUUGAUACACGUCGUACACCGGGCAGAGACGAGAACGACCGAGAGUCGCCGGCCGGCCAGCACGCUCUCCGUUCCUGCUUCACCUACUGGUUUCCUCUCCGUCCUCCCGGGUUGGACCGGCCAUAACCGAGCCAUGUCGGCGGUGCAACGCAUGAAAGUGGCAAACGAGCGACACAGCAAGACCAUCACACAACGGGGGCACGUCCAGAAGACAUCGCGACCUGUCAAUGAGGACAAGUCUCCAGUGGGCCCAUGGCUGCUGGCUCUUUUUGUCUUUGUCGUUUGUGGAUCUGCCAUCUUCCAAAUCAUCCAAAGCAUCAGACAGGGCAUGUGAUGAACCUGCAGCCAAGACCCUCCCAUGGAAUACAUAUUGGGUGGUCACCUGACCAUUGUGCCCAGGAGACAUGCACACAAAUACUCACGCACACACAAACAUACUCCCACUGUCUGCAGUAAAUCAUUUGUCAUUAUUGUUAUUUUGGACUUUCUUUACUGUUGAUUCCAGUCAGAUAUCUGCUAUUGAUUGUUGAAUCAGUCGAUUUGUCUUUAUUUUUGUUGCUGUUGAAAGUGGCUUUGUUCAAGUUCCUUUUGUCCUCAUAGGAACAGGCCACUGCUUUUAACAGUAAAAUGUUGUCACUCACGCCACCAACAGACAAAUGGUGAAUAUCAUUCACAUUUAAUUUAAGCUUGGAUUGAAGAGGCACAGACGUCAAGAACCAGCUGAAGUAACUCACAAGCUAAAUGUUACCACUUAUUUCUUAAUGUUUGAAGGUUGAAACAAAAGCUGUGAUUUAGGUUAAAAAAUAUAAGUUAAGCUCCAUCAAAUGAACUUGAAUAUGCUGCAGAUGAUAAUGGAGUUAUUAUUUAUAAUAUAACGCUUGUCACUUCUGUGAUUUUAAUUCGUAUAAAUAUUGAUUCGCAAUUUUCAGGUUAUUAAAUGUUUGAUUUGUAUAGUGAAGUGCUGUCAAUUUUGGUUGAAUUUGUAGUUGAAUGUUUUGACACACUUUAAGCAAUUAGAGCUCCUUUUUUUAAUUAUGAAGUGAUAACAACAAAAAAUGUUUUGUGUGAAUUUAAAGAAUCACUAACUGAACAAUAGGGCAAAUUGAUGCACAAGUUUUUUUUAAUCUGUUUUCAAGAACUAUACUACGUGGACAAGAUCAUUUUUACCAACAGUAUUCUGUGCUGGUGUUAGGUCUUCUGUCUGAAACAGUCUUAAAUCAUCUGUAGCGAAACACAUUGUCAAUUAUAUUUACCCAUAGAUGCAAUAAUAACUGUUGGUGGUUCAAGUGGAUGGUGCCUCGAUUCUGUGGCUCACUUUUUUAAACCCACAUUAUUUUUUGACGUCAAGCCUCAAAGAAGAGCUGAGACUAAUAAAUGUUAGGGCUAAAAAGCAAGUGUGAUUUUAACAUUCUGUGAAUUUCAGGUCAAAAAUGUGGAACAGAAACUGUGGGUACCCUGCGACGAUAACUUGAAAUAUUUGUGGUUCUGUGAUGCUCCAAUUAACAGGAACUCAAGUUUACUUCCUGCUGAUAGUGAUCAACCCUGUUUCUUAUCAAAACGGCCCAGCUGGCUUCCUGUGUCAUCUCACGAUGCUUAGGUUUCUGUAUUUAUGCUCUGUCUGAUGGAAUUUAUCUGAGCUGUGAUGAAACAUUGAUGUUCAAGUGCAUCUUCUCUGGGUGUUUGUUAAAAUGUGAAGAACUUGCAGCCUCUCGCUUUUCUAAAUACAAUAAACUCAGAUAUUUUCUCUA